AUGACCUUAACUUGGGAUGACUUCCUUAGUGAAUUUGCAAAUAAAUACACACCACCAAUGUAUAGAGAUCAAAAGAAAAUGGAGCUUUUGAGCUUGGAACAGGGAUACAUGACAGUAUCAAAAUAUGAAAUGCAAUUCUCUCGAUUAUCAAAAUAUGCAUUAGAAGAAGUGGGUACAAAGGAUGCAAAACAGAGACGGUUUGAAAAAGGAUUAAGAAUGGAUAUUCGGGAAAAGAUUUCCUUAAAGCCACCAAGUUACAGUACUUUAUUAGAGGUUGCAUUGAGGGUAGAAGAAUGUUUGAUUGAGAAAGAUGCAAUGACAGCUAAGAAAAGAAAGAUGAUAAAUGAAUAUGAGGUGGAUGAAGUGGUUACAGCCAGAGUAGGGCAGAGAGUAAGGGAGGUGAGGGAGGUGUUUCAGUUAGUCGAGGAUAUAGUUCACCAUGUGCUAGAUGUAAUAGGUUUCACAGUGGACAGUGUUGGGGACCAAGGCAGAUACUUUGUUUUUAUUAUGGAAGCACCUUCUGCAACCGAUAUUGUGACUGGUAAAAUCUCUAUUUAUGGUUUUGAUGCUUAUACGUUAUUUGAUCCAAGAUCAACAUGUUCAUUCAUUUCAUAUGAAUUUGCAUUGAAAAGCCAUAAUGAUAUAGAAACCUUAGGGUAUAACAUUUGUGUAUCAAUGCCUACUGGGGGUACUGUAAUUGUAGAUAAGGUUGUCAAAACUUGUCUUGUGAUCAUAAAUGGGAACACACUAUAUGCGAAUCUAGUAGUGAUAAAACUUAAGGAAUUUGAUGUUAUUUUGGGAAUGGAUUGGCUAUCUAAGAAUCAUGCUAUAGUAGAUUGUCACCCAAAAGAAGUGGUUAUUGAGACCUCAUAA